AUGAGCAACUCCAACACCCACGCUCGUCGCGAUUUUUGUCGAACCUGCGAGAAUCUUCGCACUAUCGUCAUAUCAAAAGACCAAAAAAUUGCGACUCUUCACGAAGAACUAAUCAUCGCUCAAAAGUCUCUUAUCGUCGCUCAGGACAACUUGUUGAAGGCUUCGUCGUUGCGACAGAACAAGAGUAAUAGUAACACUUCGGCAGCCCCGUUAAAUCAGCCACUUGUAAACGGUGUUUGGCCUUUUCUUGAUUUGCCUAAUGCUGCUGCUGCGUCUAAUGCGGCGGCUCCUAUUGGUAAUAUUGGAUCCGGUGGUGAUGGCGACGGUAUUGGUAUUAAUGAUUCGAAUGGAAAUGGAAUGAACGGAUCGCAUGACCAUGGAACGCCUAUUUUCCGUGCUUUUAUCGGAGAUGUUCCUAGAGACAUCGAUCGUACUCGCUUGAUUCAAUGUUUGGAAAUCACGUUUGGUCCUGUCGUGGACAUUCAAUUCAUCCCAAGCAAGAAUUGCGCAUUUGUCCACUUUGCCAAUCAAAACGGCUACGAUAAUGCCAUUCGUGAAGGAUUCGUUUACGUUAAAGGACAAUCCGCCAUUCAAAACCACAAUCCAUUCCCGAAGUCGAUAAGCACAUCAGUUGCUAUAAAAUAUUCACAGCAACCAUUAGAUAAAGUCGUUAAAGCAGAGAAUUAUCGAGUAUUCUGGUUUUCAAUGACCGGUAUAAAAGCCACUAGUCCACAAAUGAUGACGAUGGGUAAAGGUGAAAGAGAAAGGAUAUGUCAUGGAAAGUAUGGAAACUUUAUUGAUUGGACAAGU